UUCAAAUAUUUUCAAUUCUUACGUGUUAUAUUUCUGGAAUAUUCCAACUACCAAACAUGGUAAAGCUCAGUUUCAAUAUUUUAUAUGUUGUGGCGGUAUGAUGAAUUGAGUGGGUGACCUCUGCGCGAAGAUUAUUGUUGAAGAAAAUUCUUGUUUUUCCGGAGAUGUCUGCUUCCUUGAAUAUCAGUGAUGUUGAAAAACAACCAGAAAACAUUGAAUUGAAGAGUUCUGCAACACCAGAACCAAAUGUUGAUUCUUUGGUGGAGAAUGAUUCACCAACAACAGGAAAAGGGUCAUUUUUUAAUCGAAUCAUUGUGAAACAUUCACCUCGCUCUCUUCCAUUGUGGCUAAAGCACAAGAAAGCCAUUGUGAUGUAUUCCCUCAUUAUUUCAUUGACCUUAUACUUGAUCUUCGGAAUUAUGGUAACCGGAUUCAAGAAUUGUAAAGAUCUCUUUGGCAUUCUUGUGUUUGGUGCCAUUUGUGUUUUUUAUGUUACAAUAAGAGAUAAUUUUGGCACGCAGAUCAAUGUGUUGGUUUUCAAACCAUUAUAUGCGAGGAUAGACCACAACUGGAGAGUUUUCAGAUGGUUUGCGUAUGGUGGUCCAGUUUUGUUCGUUGUUCUGUGGAUAAUACUUGACACCAUAAAAGAUGUGCGCAGACUUCAAUCUGUUUUUGGUUUGGUUGUUUUUAUUUUUCUUGCAUACUGCAUGUCGGUAAAGAGAAGAAAGGUUGUAUGGCGUCCAGUCUUAUGGGGUCUAAGUCUUCAGUUCAUAUUCGGUAUUUUGAUCCUGCGAACAAAAGGAGGUUAUGAUAUCACGAAAUAUUUGGGAGAUAAAGUGACCAUAUUUCUUGAAUUCUCUACCGUUGGAGUGGAAUUUGUAUUUGGAGCAACGUAUUAUGAACAUUUUAUAGCGUUUAAGGUUUUAAUGGUUAUAGUGUUUUUCACUUCUGUGGCGUCAAUAUUAUAUUAUUGGGGAGUAUUACAAGUAAUUAUGAAGAAAUUAGCGUGGCUCAUGUUUCGUACCCUUCAUGUUUCUGGAGUCGAGGCAUUGUGUGCAGCUGCUAACAUCUUUGUUGGAAUGAUGGAGGCGCCUCUCAUGGUCUCUCCUUAUGUGGAGCAAGUAACAAUGUCUGAGUUGCAUUCAAUUAUGACCAGCGGUCUCGCUACUGUUGCUGGUGGUAUGUUAGCUGCCUACGUCAGUCUUGGAAUUGAUGCUCAACAUGUGAUGUCUGCAUCUGUAAUGUCUGCCCCAGCCUCUUUAGCCAUAUCAAAGCUCAUGUAUCCUGAAACCGAAGUCCCGGCAACAUCCGGGGUUGCUGCUGUAAAAAUGGAAGAAAGGAAAGAGAAAAAUGUGAUCGAAGCUGCUGCAAGAGGUGCUAGUGUCGCUGUUGGUAUAGUCGCGAAUAUUGGUGCCAAUCUUAUCGCUUUUUUCUCUCUUUUGGCAUUCGUAAAUGCAGUCCUCUCAUAUCUUGGUGGUCUAGUUGCAUAUCCUGAGCUUUCUUUUGAGGUGAUAUGUUCGUAUGUUUUUGCGCCAAUUUCAUUCUUAAUGGGUGUUGAAUGGAAUGACUGCAUGAUUGUUGCUAAGCUUGUCGGUGUGAAGACUUUUAUCAACGAAUUUUUGGCCUUCAAUCAACUGUCCAUUUUAUUGAAGAACCGUCAAGCUAAUGUUGGACCCAUGCUAUCUCAUCGUUCAGAGAUCCUUGCAAUUUACGUGUUGACUGGAUUCACGAACUUUCUCUCCGUUGGAAUAUUUCUCGGUGGUUAUGGACAACUGGCGCCUUCACGUAAAUCAGACAUGGCGAAGAUCGCCGUGCGGACUUUGAUUGCUGCAACUCUUGCUUGUAUGGUGACGGCGUGUGUUGCAGGUAUUUUGUACAUGGAGUCGUGGGACGCUUCUUCAAAGAUAAAUUGACAACGUGACUUCGUAAAAAGAAUUGGCUGUGGUAAAAUUAUGACCUAUAUUAUAAUAAUUGUUCUCGACAAUUUAUGAUUACGAAUUUAAAUAUCUUUUUAUGAUGUAUUAAGUUGCAAAUAAAAAGAAAUACCGUUGCCGUUGUA